CAGUAAGAAGAUUUCGGAAUCUCUGACUGUUCGAAAAUGUCGCACAAUCUUGGAGGACAAAUAUUCGAAUCAGCUAUGUAAAAUCCAAAUGAAGCCUUGGGACAAAGACGAUUAUGCAGAGUUUGAAGAUAUGCACACCGUUGUUACCAUGGUAAAAAAGGAUGCUCGUGGAAGAGAUAUUAAGGCAAAACAAAUACUUCAAGGCUCUGUUGGAAAAAUAUUUUCAGCAAAAGUAAACGGGAAACUUCCAACACGAAUCCUUAUUUCGGCUCCGGCUGGACGAGGAAAGACAACAGCUGUCGCUAAGAUGGCGCACGACUGGGUUCACAGAGAGGAUGGCUCAGGAUUAGAGGACUUGCCACUUCUGUUCGUAGUCAAGUUUCGAAACACAAGUCACACUACAUCGAUUGGAGAAGCAAUUAUAUCACAACUCCUGAGUGAUGUUAAAGAUCUGACGCCAGAGGGCCUGGAGGAGUUCAUCAGACAGCAUCAGGGAAUCUGUCACAUUAUAUUAGAUGGGCUCGAUGAGUAUGCUGGUAUCUCUUCCUCAAGCAAUAUCAUGAGAAUUCUCCGCAGGGAAAUGUUUCCACAAUGUCGAGUUAUUGUAACAACACGACCUCACCUAGAAGAUAUGUUUAGUCAAGGGGAUCUACCAAGGGUGUACACAAAGAUGGAGAUCGAAGGAUUCUCGCUAGAGAACGCACGCGAUUACAUUGACAGGUUCUUUACUUCUGUUCAGAAACCUAUGAAAGCGGAUGGUCUGAAAGUUUACCUCGAUGAACAACCCCUUAUUGAGGAACUAGUAAAAACUCCGCUAUUUUGCCUCAUGGUCUGUCACUUGUGGUCUGAAGAACUACUUAACGGUGAGACUACAACUCAAACAGCAUUACUCGAUCAAGUUAACGUAUUCUUAAUGCUUCACGCAAAUGCUCGGACACCUGGUUUGAUAAAAACUCCCAAACAACUAAACCAAAUUAUACUGAAACUGGGAGAAAUUGCUCUCACUGGUCUGCUCAAUGAUGCUAAGAAGUUAGUUUUCUCGUCUUGUGAUUUUCAGAGAGUUCCCUCUAUUCUUGAUAUGGCAUGCGCCCUAGGAAUAGUCUCAAAGACUGUUGUUUCAACCAGACGCCUUCCACAACUUGACAAAGCAUUUACGACUACCAUAACUAUUAUUGAGUUUUAUCACAAACUUGCUCAAGAACAUGCAGCAGGAAAGUAUCUUGCUAAUAAAACAAACCGUGUUCUUUUGUGGUUGAAGUUCAGUAAGUUAGACCGGGUACUGCGAGAUAUAAAAACAAGCAUUGGAGAAUAUGAAAAUCUUAUUCGAUUUGCUUCUGGUACGAAGAGCAAUCUCUGCAUUAGAAUAAUGGAGAGCGUCCUUUCAAAUAGUUAUUUAUCUGAGAGUGAGCGAUAUCGUAUUCUCCUAGAUUGUUCAUCAGAGUCUGGGGUCAACGAUGGGAAUGUGUCAUCAUUGGUACGAAGGUGUGUGACGUCACGGUGUAUAAUCUUGAAGUCACCGACAGUGUAUACUAUCGUUGGGAUGCGAAAUCUUCCACUUGAGCUGAAACAGCAGGUUGGUAGUCUACGAUUCGAGCAGUCUACCAUGACAGCCGCUGUGACAGAUGGAUUAUGGACAUGUCUUAAAUCAUUCCCGAUGCUAACUUCUCUCACCAUCUCAGACUCAUCUAUCGAUUUCCCUCCAGCUCCUUCUGAGCUACCAUCCAUCACAGAGCUAUCAACUGAGAGAGUGUCUUCACCAUGCUAUGAAGGGUUGAUCUCAUCGCUCCCUGCUUUGCUAUAUAUCGAUAUCACCAUCGAUGAGGCAGAGGGAGACAUAUCCCAUAUAACGGCUGGUCUUCGUCGGACUGGAGGACAGAAGCUCGAACGAAUAAUUCUUCGUGACACUCCGUCAUCAUUCCUGUCACGGAAGAGUCCUUUCCAGAAUGAGACAGAGGGAGGACCGAUGCUGCUUUUCGUCCAAAAUUGUACGGGCAUUAACAUGCUUACAUGUAUAUUGCAACACCAUGACAACGCUCUACAUCCGGAAAAGAAAGGUCCUGUUGAAGUCCUCGAGUCGUUUGCAUUCUUGGCAUCAUUGGCUCAACUGAAACUAGAUCUUCAGAUAACCAAAUGUAAACUGUCUCCAGAGAUGACUACGAGAAUAUGGGCCUGUCUGAGAUCCUUUACCUCACUGAACCAUCUCACCAUCUCAAACUCAUCUAUCAGUUUCCCUCCAUCUCCUCCUGAUCUACCAUCAAUCACAGAUCUAUCAACUGAGAGAGUGACGUCACGAUGCUAUGAAGGGUUGAUCUCAUCACUCCCUGCUUUGAUGUGUAUCGGUAUCACUAUCGAUGAUGCAGAGGGAGACAUAGCCCACAUCACGGCUGGUCUUCGUCGGACUGGAGGACAACUACUCACACACAUUACCCUUCGCACUCCGUCAUCACUCCCAUCAGAGAAGAGUCGCGUAUCUAGAGAGACAAUGAGAGGAAUGGGUCUGCUCAUCAAGGGACAUACCAAGAACCUGAAGCAGCUCUAUCUGACUCGGGUGAAGUGCACAGACGAGGAUGACUUGGUUUAUCUCAUUGAAAACUGCAGACAUGUGAAGACGAUGAAAUACGUAGAGUAG